UUCGGUUUACAGCACUGUUUGGUGCUGUAGGUAUUUACGAAUUGGUUUUCUGGCAUCACUGCUGUUGGUUUUGUUGUGUUUACUUGUCAAAGCAAAAUGGACUUGCAGUUGCUAAUGCAGCAAAUGUAUAGCGACGCGUCGGUCAUGACGAUUCCGCAACCGUGCAUAAAUGGCUACGGUUACGGAGUUCCACCUGGCCAGCACCCGCAGCAUCCCAUUUACCCUUUCCCUCCCACUGAAAACGGUGACCAGGCGGUUGAGUAUCUGGAGGACGAGGACGAGGAGGAGGACGAGGAGCAACGCACCUUGUUCUGCGGCAAUCUCGAUGAGCGCGUGACGGAGGAGAUUCUUUACGAGGUCUUCCUGCAAGCCGGUCCCAUCGAAGGAGUGCGGAUACCGACGGACAACAACGGGCGCCCACGGAAUUUCGGGUUUGUCACAUACCAACGCCUGUGUGCGGUUCCCUUUGCAAUGGACUUGUACCAGGGCCUUGAACUGUUCCAAAAGAAAGUUACCAUCAAGCAGCAGGGCGGCAAGCAGCUACCUGCCUUUAACCAGAGUCGUCUGCGCAAUCCGUUCUUGAUGGAGGCUCCACCGCCACUGGCAUCUCCUCUGCGCCACGCCCGCCACAGUUUGCAUGACGGCAAGCCGUACGAUCGGAAUCCAUUUGGACACAACGGCGAUCAACGGCGCCGGAGCGACAGCUCUGUAGUGGACCGCAACCGGCUAAAGCCACAGCAACACCACCAGCACAUGCAGGGAGGCAGCAGAAGGUCGGACCAACGGUACAACAACAAACGGCGAUUGCUUUAGGAUGCCACAACAAUUUACUCUUAAUGUGUAGCUAAAUAACAAUAUGUAGAAAAACUAUAAAAAACCCUUUUAAUACAAGGGUUUUUUUAAGUUUUGCCGAAUCAAAACA